AUGGCUGGGGUACCGGGGUUGGGGCAGCUUCUGAACAGCGUGUCUAUGAGCCUCUCUGGCUUUGACAACAUGAUCGGGGGUGUGGGCACACAGGUGCGGCGCAGGGUGCGCAGCAGCAGCAUGAAGGGGGUGGAUGCAGGCCUCAUGUGCGGCUUUGGGGUGGGCUAUGGCUUUGGGGCAGGGCUGGUGCUCAAACCCAGCGCCCUGCAAGCGCUGCAGAGAGCUGUCCAGGACCUCAAUGGACGAGUGAUGGCAGCAGCAAAGUCCAGAGUGCCCCCGCAGCUGACUCAACUCAUGAAGCAGCCCGGGUCAGAUACGUUCCCGUUGGCACAGCAACAGCGGCUGGGGACAGCGGCUCAGGCUGUUACUAGCCCUUCUGUGCGCUUGGGCGACUUCUCUAAGGGGAGAGUGGGCGGAAACCACUCGCACUUUCCUGACAGCAGUCAAAGCGCCAACAGCAAGCUAGGAUCAGCAGAGGCGAGCAGCGGACAGGAGUUGCAUGUCAGGAUGGAGCAGCCAGAUCUGCAGGAGUUCACAGGAGCGCUGAUGCAGCUCACAGCAGGUCUCAAUGACUGUGCAUGCAGCUUGAGGGAGGCCACAAUAGAACUGAAGCAGGCCUGUGCAGAGCUGAGAAAACAUGGCAACGGUGCCUAG